AUGCUUCCUACACCUACUGUGAAGAAUAUAGACUACAAUAGAGUAUAUGAGCCUUCAGAAGAUACAUUUCUUCUACUCGAUUGCUUUGAAAAUGAAUCAGAUCAACUAAAAAGAGACAAUAAUGGAAAAGUACCUAUUGUUGUAGAGAUUGGAAUAGGGUCAGGAGUGAUCACAACUUUUGUAAAGCAGAAUAUCCUACCAAAUGCUGUUAUGAUCGCAACAGAUAUCAAUCUUCAUGCAUGUAAGACUGCUUUAGAAACUGCAAGUAUCAAUAAGCAAAGCUUUGAGGUAUGCCGUAUGAAUUUGACAAGGGGAAUCAAAAGCAAUAUUAUAGACAUUCUUAUAUUCAACCCACCUUAUGUUCCUUCCGAGUCACUUCCGAAACCGUCUAACUUGUCUGGAUCUGGUUCGUGGGAAGAUACUGAAUGGCUAGACCUGGCUUUGCUUGGUGGUGAAGAUGGAAUGGUGGUGACUUGGAAGCUUUUGAAUGACUUGAGUGAAAUUCUCACCCCAGGGAAUGGUGUUGCAUAUGUGUUGUUCUGCGCUAGAAACAACCCAGAAAGAGUUUCUUCCAUAAUGAGAUCCAGAGGGUGGAAGGUAGAUACUAUAAUUACCAGAAAAGCUGGCUGGGAAGUAUUAAGUGUACUCAAAUUUCAGCAAGUCGUAUGA